AUGAGCUCCGUAUACCCAGCCCCCGCUCCUUCUGUUCCCUGCAGCAGCAGCAGCAGCAAAUCAGCAGCAGCAACAACUGCAGCAGGACACGAUGAUACACCAGUAGUAGUCGUGCGGCGGGACUUUCACUCUGCGGAGGCCCGGCGGCGCUCUCGCGCCCACACAUUUUUUGGGCAGCGAAAUUUGGGGGAGUUUGGUUCAUUUGUUUAUCUCGUCAAUCAAGUGUUUGGCGCCAGUCUGGUGGCGGUGCCCCUCGUGUUUAAGAGUGCUGGCUUCUUGCCUGCUGCAGCAGCAAAUUUAUUUGUUUGCUGCAGCAGCGCCGUGGCCUCUCUUAUGCUUCUCCGCUGCAUGCAGCUAGUGCAUGGAAAUAGUUGUUUUCAAAAACGCAUAGAGUAUGCAGCGUGUGUCUCCUACUUCCUCGGCAAGCACAAGGCCGGCCUGGUUCAGCUUUGCCUCUACCUCGCCAUGCAAGGCAUGUGCGCCAUUUCUAUUGUAGUUGUCAGUCAAGCGUCGGACCAGCUGCUGCUCUUUUCUUUCGGAAAAACAGCAGGCCUAGAGGUUUACCCGCAGCUGCGACUGCGAGUUUACGACGCAGCAGAAUAUGCAGCAUUUUCGGGAUUGUCUUUGCCGUGGGCUUCUGGGGCUGGGGGAGCAGCAGCAGCAGCAGCAGCAGCUGCGCCUCCUGCAGCAGCAGCAGCAGGCGCAGCAGCAGCAGCAACAGAAGUCACCGUCACCUGCGGCUACCUCCUCUGUGCUGCUUGCUGCAUCCCUCUCUCCAGCAGCAGCAUGGAAGAAAACAUGACAGUUCAAUAUAUUUCAUUUUUCUUUUUAAUGGGAUCUGUAGCAGCAAUGGCAGCAGCAGCAGCAUGGCGCAUUAGCACUUUUGCUGCAGCAGAGGCGCCCCUUGCUGCUGCUGCUGCUGCUGCGGCCCCGGCCGCGCUGCCUGGGGAUGCCGCUGCUUGGCUGCAGCAGCAGCUGCAGCAGCAGCCACCAGGGACAGCAGCUGCAGCAGUGGCCGCACUGCCGCAGCAGGGGUUUGCUGCUGCUGUUGCCGCAGCUGCUGCUGCUGCUGCUAUGCCACGCGUGCUGUACGCAGCAACGCCAGCACACCAAACGCCAGCAGCAGCAGCAGCAGCAGCAGCAGCAGAGGGUUGGGAUGUAUCUGCGGAGGCACAAGUUGAGGCAGCAGAGCUGGAGGAGAUGCUGAAGAGCAGCAGCAGCAGCAGCAACAGGAGGCUGCUGCAGCACCUACUGCGGGAGGCCUCGAAGGACAGCAGCAGCAGCAGCAGCAGCAGCAGCAGCAGCAGCCCUGGAGAGGACAGCAGCAGCAGCACCGCCGCCCAUGUCGAAGACGGCGCGAGCGCCGCUGCGGAGGCCCCCGCGCCCAGCAGCCCCAACAGCAGCCCCAAGAACAACAACAGCAGCAGCAGCAGCAGCAGCAGCAGCAGCAGCAGCAGCAGCAGCAGCCCGCUAGAAGCCACUCCCCCAGCGUUUCCCCCGCUGUGGGGAGGCCAAAACCUCACUCAAGUCUUUUCCACUUUCAUUGCCAAUUAUGCCUAUGUGACAGUUGUGCCUUGCUGGGCGAACGAAAUGAAACUCGAAGUCAAGGCCCGCAAACCCUAA